GCUGUACAACCCACAAACUAAUAUUCAAUACGCUGUAGACAAGGGAAACCAACUGUAUAGAUUUACAAAUUGACGCGGGUCAACAAGAGAACGAAGAGUAGGUAGAAGAUCUGUCUUGCACCAAAGGGGAAGAGGGAAUGAAGAACAGAUUGGGCAAACGUAUAACACUCACAACGAACCACAGGAGCGACGGCCCAAUAAAUACAGAUAACUCGAAAAGUAUACAACAAGGAAACAAAACAAAACGUACCAAAGAAAGUGAUAGAGAGAUGAUGGCAUAUGCAAGAGACGAGAAAGGAGAGACCAGUAACAGGAGAUAUACAUAGGAGUGCAAGAAUAAAGGCCACCUGCUGCCCAGGGUGCUUCGACAGGAUGUGGGGAAAUGCGGGAGAGGAGCAGGUCACCAAUAGAGAUACACAACAAAGCGAGAUAGCGACAAUGAUAGCAAUGACAAUGAGAGGGGCGGGCGAGAAAUGCGGCUACAUGACCAGGGGAAGGAGAUCGUAUGGAGGGCAGGAACGAAAUUACUCGAUCUCGCCGAUGGUUCUCCUCCUCUUCUUCAAUGGACGUGCGUCGAUAAAUUCUGCAUCGUCUCGACAGAUGAUUGAUAACGGAGAGCGAUAUUCUUUCGAUAAGGUGCGCCGUUCUUUCGAGAUAGGUGAAGACAACAACGAGUUGUCUGGCUCGUCUUCAUCCUCUUGGUCUUCAACGCUACCUCUCAAUAAAAAGGCUUCCAUAAGCCCAGCAGUGCUCUUUCCGUUGAACAUCUUACUGCUACUGCCGCUGGGGGUUUCGAGGGUAG